UUUCAUUUGUAAUUAAUCUGUGAACAAACAUAUGACAUUUCACUCUGGUUGAAACUUGAAAUUUGUCGCCAUUUUGUUUACUUCAUUGUUGUUUUCUGUAUUAAUUCUAGUGUAAGUAGUGUAUAAUUACCUAUAUGAGUUGAAAGUAAAUACUAUUAACCGAUUAUAGCAAACACAAUUACUUCCAAACUUUUUCUUGUCGGUUAGCAUUUUUAUAGUGGUAUAUACGAAGUUGAAAAGUGACACUAAUCGCCUAUAUUUAUAUAUGUGUACAACUGUUCGGCGGUUUGUUUAAAAGAAUAAUGAUGGGUAAGAGAAUGCAUCAUAAUAACAAAAGGGGACUGGGUAGUAAAGGCCAUGAUAAUGGAAAACCUUCCAGCCCUGGUGUCUCGCCAUACAACAAACCAGCAAAAAUACCGGGUGCAACUUCCGCAGGCAAAACAAAAACAGAAAUGUGUCCUAUCCCGUACAUCAGACAACAGGAUAAUGCUAUUACUUUACCGAGAUUUACUGCUAUAGCCGCGAGAUCAGCAGACGAACCUAUCGGUAUGGACGAGCUUGAUGCCUUACAACUGGAGCUAGAAUCGCUUCUCUGUAACACAGCCCUCCGCAUAAGAUAUUUUCAAGGAGAAAUUGAAAAUAUCGACACUAACGAAUCCAAGAGAGAAAAGAAGGGUAAAGCUGCUGGAAAACAGUUACAGUACUCUAUGAAGAGAAAAUUUCCAGAAGAUAAAAUGGCUAAAAGCAAAGAUUAUGCUAAAAUAUCAAACCAGCCUAAGGUACCCAAAUUAAAAAACUUUAGUAAUUCUUCCUCUGGUGCCUCACAUAACUACCUUAAUGAAAAUACUGUUAAUUCAGACAAUUCAGUUAAGCUCGAACUGUCACAAUUAGCUUUACCAAAGAAUAAUAUUCCUUACAAAUUUUGGAAUUCUGUAGAUCCUUACUGUGCACCAGUCACUCUUGAUGAUAUCAAAUUUCUUGAAUCUCUUAUGGUUCAAAGCAGCAAUACAACACUUCCUCCAAUACCACCUUUAGGCAGACAUUAUUCUGAAGUAUGGGCUGAUGAGCAUCUAUCGGAAGACCAAAAUGCAGCAAGUCCCAACAAACAAAAAUCUUCAGGUAUGUCUCCAGAUGCAUCAAAUUUACGGAAAAAACUUGAAAAGUCAUCUGAUAAUAUGAUAACUGGACCUCUAACACAGAGACUAGUAUCAGCUCUUAUGGAAGAAAACGUUUUGCCUUAUGAAGUCCCUGAUAUAAAAUUAAAACAAAUUACAAACAGUAAAAGUAGCUACAAAAAUUCAUUGACUUUAGAAAAAUGCCUUAGAAAGGAAUUAGUUGAACAAGGUAUCUUAGAUCCAGAAGAUCUACCUCCACUUACAAAUCCAGCUGAUGAUGAAAUAUUAGCUGAAAUAAAGAAGUGUCAGACAGAAUUAACUGCAGUGAGGAAAGAAAAUUGUCGAAAUCUGAAAAACCUCAUAGGUUUGUGUAAACAAGAGAUGAUAAGACUGAACUUGAAAAAACAGUUAGAUCAAGUUGACAUGGAGUGUAUUGAUACAUAUAAAAAGAUCGUAGCCGCUAAACAGAAGAAAAGACCUAUUACUAAGAAAGAGAAAGAGGAUGCUUGGCGUGCCAUAAAUGAACAGAUACGGCUUAACAAGGAAAUUAAUGCAUUACCUUUAACAGGUCCAAACACAAGUUAAAUAUUAAAAAAAAUUAAAAUUGUAUUAUUUUCAAA